AUGGAUUUAAGCAUAACAAUAAAUGAAAAUCAUCCACUUUUUUGGGAUCUCUUCAAUUCAUAUACACAAUAUCUUGGAUUUCGGUCUCCUAUUAAAUUGAAAUUUCAUGUAGGAGAUAUUGUAGAGUUAACAGAGAAUCCAGAAAAUAUCACCUAUGCUAAAAUUAAAUUAAUUUUUAAGCAUAAAGCAAACAAUGAACGAAAUUAUGCUUUUUUUCAAUUUGAAAAACUUCAGAGAACAAAGUUGUUUGAUUCAGUAUUGGAAUGUCCAUAUUAUGUUCGAAAGCUCAGAGAAACUUUUAUUUUUACAAUCAACUAUGUUAAUCAUAUUUCUCAGAGUCGUUUUAUGGGGGAUAAUCAAUUGAGAUAUAAAAAGACAUCAAUCAUCAUAAUAGCCUUCGUCUUUACUUUAUUUAGAUAG